CUCCAAGUACAAAGCAUUACGCAGCUGGGAACGAGGCAAAUAUCUUCUUCUCACUAUUUCCAAGACAAAGGAUAAACCAUGGAAAACCCGGAAACCGACAUAGAACGCGUCGUUCUCGACUUGACAACUGGCCAGUCCCCAGAGGUGCAGAAGAGAGCAGUGGAAACCUAUAUGACGCAGGAUGUCGCAUUCAGGCAUCCAGUGUGUUGUGUGGAUUCGGGGCCAAAUUCGAGGGACAUUGUCCUGAAGGUCUACCAGUGGUACCGCAUGUUGUCCCCGAGGGUGUCCCUGAAAGUCAACGGCGUAGUCUUCGACUCAUCCCAACAACUACUGUACCUCGAUAUGACUCAAUGGUUUAGACUAUUCUUCCUACCCGUUCAAGCUGCACCCGCACGGCUAGUUUCGCGGGUAGAACUCCGAAAAGUCAACAAUCUCUACUACAUCCAGCGACAGGAGGAUUUCUAUCACACCGCGGACUUUAUGAAUCUUUUGAUCCCGCCAUUGGCGCCGUUGGUUAGGCUGUGGUUAACCCUCGCAGCGAUAUUUUCUUACUUUGCGGCGACGGUUGGCCAGCAGCUCGGGUACUGGGUGCCCGAAAGUGAGCUUUCCCGAUCGAAGGUCGCUGGCGAUCACGAAGACCUAUACGAGUCAGAUCGCUAGCUUCGCCAGUUUAAUAGGGAACUGCACUCUGAUUGCUUUAUUACCUGAAGUCUCCAUUGCCCAAGGUCUCUUUGGAGACUCAAAACACCGUCGCAGCGUACUAUAGCGACCGUCAGGCCGAGGGCUCGGGCGCUUACCCGGCGCUUACUCUGUCACUGGUCCCCCAUGGCGCCCGAAUGGCCUUCAUACUUCACAUGACUUUAUAUUCAGCAAUGAACAUGUC